AUGGAUAAUGGCAGUGAUAAAUUAUUCCAAUGCAAUCCUUGCAAGAGACAUGAACAAAAAUCCGAGUCGAAAUACUGGUGUGAACAGUGUUCUGAGGCUUUUUGUGAGAAAUGCAAUUCAAUGCAUAGUUGGAUGAAACUUCUAAUGACUCAUGAUGUUGUUCCUAUUGAGGACGUUGGGUCUAAAACAGAUGGGUUAGAUCUAAUGGGUGUUUCAGAAUACUGCCGUUUGCAUCCAUUAAAAAUGGUCGAAGUUUUUUGUUUUCAACAUAAAACUGCAUGUUGCGGGUUAUGUGCAGGCAUUGAUCAUAGAAAAUGUGAUAACGUGAAGCAAAUCGAAGAAAUUGUUCACAGUAGCGAAAUGUAUACCGGUAACUCAUUGCUUGGAUCACUUAAUGAUAUUAAAGAGUCAACGAAAACUGUUUUGCAGGCAAAAGAACAGGAAAAGGCCAAUAUCAAUGUAAUAGCAGAAAACACAGAAGAGGAUGCAACAAAUUUUAUCCAAGUGAUAAGAUCUAAGUUGGAUAUUUGCUUCGAAGUGUUUAAGAAACAAUUGACAGUGUUUCGUGAUGAACAAAAUACCAGACUCAACAUACGAAUACGUUUACUAGAACAGCUUAUUCAAAGCAUCGAACACUGGAUUAAAGUUAUCGAAGUUGUCCAAACAUCUGGUAGCAUAAUAAAACUUUUCGUACAUGUGGAAACCGUUAAACAACAAAUCGAGACAAGCAUAAAAGAGCUAGAACAUCUCUGUAGCAGUGACACCGACAUUCACGUUUGUUUCGAACAAAACGAGACACUUCAGAAGUUGGAGAGUGUUGACCAAAUUGGUUCUUUCAGACUGCACGAAAAGGAGAUAGAGAUUAAUCAGCUAAGUGAUGUUUUCAAAAAGUGUUCAAAAAUAGGGAUAUGCGUCCCCAAAUUUGAAGACAUAAGCAUUCAGCAUAGCAGAACAAUGCACUUUCCAGGGUCAAAAUUAACGUGUGGCGUAUGUAUCGCUGAUAAAUUCAUUUUGCUGGGUGACGCUACUACCAACCAAAAAAUGCUUCAUUUGGUUGACAGAAAAACAGGUUUGACGAUAAGUAAAACAGGGAUAACUGGAGAUGUCAAACGACUAUAUUUCGAUAAAGACCUCAAUCGAAUUUUUAUAUCAUGCUAUAAUAAGGGACUAUUUAAUGCUGAUUUUAAAGGCGAAUCUAUUGCUAAGAUAAAUAAAAUGUCGUUCAACGCAGACUUUGUCGGAGCCUUGUGUAGAUUCGACAAGCAUAUCUAUAUAAUAGUAAAUAAUGCAAUAAAGAAAUUCAUUCCAUCUGAUUCACCAAAGGAAAUGACGAAAUGUUUUCUGACCAACACCAAUUCUACAGAGCUGAAUGGUAUGACCAUUUGGAAAGAGAAAGUAUUUUACACAACAACUGACAAGGAAGUAAAAUGUGCUUCUUUAGAUGGCCGUCAAAUAUUCACACAUAAGAGUGACAAGAUGAGACAACCAGUUAGCAUUGCUAUGUUGUCUGCCGACGUGCUCAUAAUUCUUGACAGAAAUUGUACUUUACAUGCUUUAUCUAGCGAUGGCAAGAAACAUUCUAUUCUGUUGCAAAAGUUCCAAAAAGUGGCAGACCCAUGUGACAUGUGGAUUAGCAUUGACGAUAACACAGUGUAUGUAGCUGGAGGAGAGCAUAUAGAUGUAUAUAAGAUAGAACUAAAUGUGAAAUUUUAA